AUGUCGGUUCACGUGGUACCCGCAGAAGACACGGACAUGGACAGGAUCUUCGAGCUUGCAUGCCUCGCUUUCGGACGCGAUGAUCACAUGUGGAAUGCCAUGUGGCCGGUAAGUGACCGUCUGAGCUCCCACUGGCAAGAGGUCGAAUCAAACCCGCAUACUUAUUCCAUGCCAGAAACACUGGACCGAGAAAGGCCGAAAGGAUGGGGCGGAAAGAAUGCGCCACAGCAAGAACACGGAUCCCAAUACCGUAUACCUAAAGGCAGUCAAUCUCACCUCUGGAGAGAUCAUGGGCAUGGCCAAGUGGAAUUUCUACGUCAACGGAGCUUCCCCACCGAGUGCCGAAGUCAGUGCGCAUUAUUGGGACGAUCCCAGAGGCAAAGAGUACUUCGACAAGGUCCUCCCACUUUUCGUAGCUAGGCGGAAUGAAGCAGUCCAGCGCACCGGAGGGAAUGUGGUUUCUCUCGACAUCCUGGCCAUCGAUCCAGCUCAUCAGCGGAAAGGCGUGGGCGAUGCUCUGGUAAAAUGGGGCGUCAAGAAGGCCGACGAGCUGGGUCUUGAGUCUGUCGUGGAGAGCAGUCCAUUUGGGAGAGGUUUGUAUGCCAAGAAUGGCUUCGUCUUUCAAGAAGACUGCAAGUUGGAAGUUCCCGAAUUCCCAGACCAUCCUCCUCCUGAGUUUGCGUGGAUGACUCGACCGAAGCAGACGACGUAA